AUGCGGCAAAAGCUGCGAGACAAAAACGCUCCAUUGUCUGUGACUUUCAUACUCCAUCACUCGUUUCAGCCGCCGCCAUGGUGUGGGUUGGCUGCUAUUUCAUCGACGCCCAGCCGCCAGUGCAUUAACGUUUGCCACCUGAGUGCUUCUGGGCCACGCCUCCCUCCGCGUACCUGCAAAAGAGUGUGUUUCAGCCCUAGAGUGUUCUUUUCCCCUUCCUGUUUUUCUCUGCUGCGUCCAUCACGUUGCUAUGUUUCUCUCUUGUGUGUUUUGUUGUGUGUCUCUUUUUCCCCUCUGCAGGCCGGUGAGCUCCAAGGAAUACUGAUGCUUGCGAUGGCUGUGCGACACGUGCUGUGCGUCCUCGUUGUUGCGCUGUGUUGCGCGUGUGACUCUGUGACCGCAUACUAUAACCCUAUAGAUGACACAUGGACACCUCAGCGCAUUCUAGAGAAGUUGAGGGACUCAGCGAAGCGAGCGAAGGGAGAGAGCGAAGAACUCAAGAAAAGAGCAGUGUCAGCCAACAGCACGGCGCCGCUGGCGAGGAAUG